UGCUACCUGUUAUUUCUGCAACAAGAUGGCUGUCGUUCCCGAGAGCAGAGUCCUCACUUUCAGCGUUUUUAAGUGGAGCUCUUACUCCUCUACGUAUUUACCUGAGAAUAUCUUGGUGGAUAAACCUAACGAUCAGUCUUCCAGGUGGUCUUCUGAGAGCAACUACCCUCCACAGUUUUUAAUCUUGAAGUUGGAAAGGCCGGCGAUCGUUCAGAGCAUCACCUUUGGGAAGUAUGAGAAGACUCAUGUCUGCAACCUGAAGAAGUUCAAAGUGUUUGGUGGGAUGAGUGAAGAGAACAUGACAGAGCUUUUGUCCAGCGGCCUUAAGAACGACUACAACAAGGAGACAUUCACGUUAAAACACAAGAUUGACGAGCAGAUGUUUCCCUGCAGAUUUGUCAAAAUAGUGCCUCUGAUGUCCUGGGGUCCGAGUUUUAACUUCAGCAUCUGGUACGUUGAACUGCAUGGCAUUGAAGACCCCGACGUGGUGCAACCCUGCCUUAACUGGUACAGCAAGUACAGAGAACAGGAAGCCAUCCGCCUUUGCCUCAAGCACUUCCGGCAACACAACUACACAGAGGCCUUUGAGUCACUGCAGAAGAAGACUCGGAUAGCGCUGGAGCACCCCAUGCUCACCCACCUUCACGACCGUCUGGUGCUGCAGGGAGACUUCGAUGCCUGCGAGGAGCUCAUAGAUAAAGCUGUGAGAGAUGGUUUGUUUAACCAGUAUAUCAGCCAGCAGGAGUACAAGCCCAGAUGGAGUCAGAUCAUCCCAAAAUGCAACAAAGGUACAAGCAGCCAGGAAAUCAGCCGAGACGACACAAACAGUGACGGCGAUGACAACAGGCCAGGAAUGAGGGGGGGACAUCAAAUGGUGAUUGACGUCCAGACUGAGACUGUGUACCUGUUCGGGGGCUGGGACGGCACGCAGGAUCUGGCGGACUUCUGGGCUUACAGUGUUCAGGAGAACCAGUGGGCGUGCAUCUCCAGAGACACCGAAAAAGAGAGCGGUCCAAGUGCUCGAUCGUGCCACAAGAUGUGCAUCGACUCGCAGCGACGCCAGAUCUACACACUGGGCCGUUAUCUGGACUCCAGCGUCAGGAACAGCAAGUCUCUGAAAAGUGACUUCUACCGUUACGAUAUCGAUGCCAACACCUGGACGCUACUCAGCGAAGACACGUCGGCUGACGGAGGACCAAAGUUGGUGUUUGACCACCAGAUGUGCAUGGACUCAGAAAAGCACAUGAUCUACACGUUUGGAGGUCGCAUCCUGACAUGUAACGGCAGUGUUGAGGACAGCCGGACGUCUGAGCCACAGUUCAGCGGCUUGUACGCUUAUCACUGUCAAGCAGGGAUAUGGAGCCUCCUGCGGGAGGAUUCGUGUAACGCCGGGCCAGAGGACGUUCAGUCUCGGAUCGGACAUUGCAUGCUCUUCCACACUAGAAACCGCUGUCUGUAUGUGUUCGGGGGUCAGAGGUCAAAAACGUAUCUCAACGAUUUCUUCAGUUAUGAUGUGGAUGGAGAUCACGUAGAGAUCAUAUCUGAUGGCACCAAGAAAGACUCGGGGAUGGUUCCUAUGACGGGCUUCACCCAGAGAGCCACCAUCGACCCUGAGCUCAACGAGAUCCACGUCCUCUCGGGCCUCAGCAAAGACAAGGACAAGCGUGAGGAGAACGUACGCAACUCCUUCUGGAUCUACGACAUAGCCCGCAAUAACUGGUCGUGUGUUUAUAAGAACGAUCAAGCAGUGAAAGAAAACCCAAGCAAGACUCUGCAGGAGGAGGAGCCAUGUCCACGCUUCGCACACCAGCUGGUCUACGACGAGAUGCACAAAGUGCAUUACCUGUUUGGUGGAAACCCCGGGAAGUCUUGUUCUCCUAAGAUGCGACUUGAUGACUUCUGGUCCCUCAAACUGUGUCGGCCCUCCAAGGAGUACCUGCUGCGUCACUGCAGAUACCUCAUCAGGAAAUACAGGUUCGAGGAGAAAGCCCAGUCAGAGCCACUGAGUGCACUGAAGUACCUGCAGAACGACCUGUCUCUUACUGUGGACCACACAGACCCUGAUGAGACCAAAGAGUUCCAGCUCCUGCCAUCAGCGCUCUUCAAGUCCAGUUCUGACUUCAUCCCUCUGGGUUUCUCCGAUGUCGACCAGACGUACGCUCAGCGGACGCAGCUCUUCGACACGCUCGUCAACUUCUUCCCGGACAGCAUGACCCCGCCUAAGGGCAACCUGGUAGACCUCAUCACCCUCUAGCCCCUCUGACACCUCACCCUCCCUGGUUGAACACCCACCUUGCACACACAAUGUGAGACAGAGACCAGUUAUUUUUGUAGUAUUUAAUCCCACUGGUUGGAUUACGACUUCACCCGCCUCCACCACACCGACACGCUCGUGUCACCGGCUGCGUCAUUGUGACGUUCGAGGGUCACGUGGAAAACGCAAAGCGACGUUGUGUGAGAUGGAUACCAAUAAAUUCCUCCUGCUCAUGAUUGGUCAGAGCCCAUAAACCCUCACCUCUAAACUCUGCCAAAAAAUAGCUUGUUUUUCAUCGUAACUACAUUUUUCUUCUCUGAAAAGUCGAAGCCAAAAAAAAGAGGAUGUUGCACAUUUGUUUUUUUUUUCCCAUUGACUUCACCUUUUUUUUUUUUUUUUAAAUAAAAUAAAAAGUCCUGGUUUUUUGCACAUAAAGCUCCGCAGAGUCGACGACAGGCGUCCACCCACAUUUUUUUAGAGAAGAUAAGUUGAGUUUACUAAUGUUGAAGCCAGCUGUUGACAGUUAAAUUUAUGUAUUUAUUUAAAGACGUCACAGUUUCUCAUCUUUUUUUUUUUUUUUUUUCUUCUUCUUUUGAAAGCAUCCCUAACGAAAAGCUUUUUGGACAUUUCCUCUUCCAUUUUGCUUUUGUUUUAUUUGGUUCUCUUGCUGCUCUGCAACACACACACCCUGUUGGUGAUCUUGACAGCUACACAGAUGCAAAAAAGAAAAAAAAAAGAAAAAUACAAUUUUAGUAGUAUUAGAGAGUGCUAUGAGAUAAAGUUUAAUAUAUAUCUAAAAAUAAAUUUGUACUUGUUUUAGUUUUUAUCCCUGCAGCAAGGCAAAGUUGAAUUUCCCUCAGUAAUUAUUGGAUUGUACUUUAAGUGGUUAAAUUGUGUACAGAUUAUGUAAAUAUACAUAUAAGAACCCCCCCAAGUUUCCUGGAUUGAGUGUGUUCUGGGCUGGAACGUGGUCUUUUCCAUCCUGCUUUUAUUCCAGGCUCUAUCACCGGUUACGAUUAAAACAGCCUGUGUGGGUGCGUCAGCAGGAAAGUCUACAAAGUGGCUCCUCCUGUGUGAUGAAUUACACAUAAUUAAUUCUCCUUCAAAUGUCCACCUGGUUGUUCAGUCUGGUGGUGUUUUAUCAUGUCCACCAAUAAAAUGUAAUCAUAAACAGGAGGCUGCAUUUAAAUACAAAUUUUUAUUUUUAAGUCUCACUUUUCUCAUUUAGAAAAUCUUGUUGAAUAGAUAAAAUCUCAUCAUAUCUUUUGAAAUUAAUCGUUUUUUUGUUAUCGGACUCAUCAGUCUCACUCUUCAAGGAAUAUUUUCUUAAAACUUUCUGAUCCACGACAUUUUUUUUCUUUCAGACAAGUUGGCCUCUGUUUACAAACAUGUAAAUGAGUUUUUGCUUAAUAUUUUAUUAAUUUAAUGAAAUUCUGUAAACCGACUUGGCUCCAGUUGAAUUCUGGAUAAUUCUUGCCAUCCAUUAGGACAUCGAUUUUUAAAAGGAUAUAAAAUAAUGACUGAGGUGACACUUGCCCGUAUAUCUUUAAUAAAACUACUUAACUAAUUCCUUGAAGAGACGUAAUAACUGCAAAUUUUUGCAGUGAGUGAAUUUAUUCCAUCUAUUUAUUCCUUAUUUCCACAUGUGUAUUUGUGAGUCAACCAAAAGACAUGCUAAACUCCACCUUCAGUUUAGGAAUUAACCUUCAAAUAUAUACAUAUAUACAUUUUUACAGUGGAUUUCACAGAGAAGCCACAUGUUGCCCCCAGAGGUUUGACUGUAAAGCUAAUAGCUUGUUAGCCUGGUUGGUAUUCAGUCAUCAAACUAACCGCUGCUUUUGAACAGUCAAGUGAAAACUCAGUUGUUUUUAGCCAUCACUGCUAAUGCAAUACUGAGAAGCUUUUUAAUCUUUUUUACCUUGAUGUGAUUGACACCAAGAGGUUAAAGAAUGGUCGAUUUGACAAGAAAACAAAACAUGGCCGUGUUAAUUAUGUGACUUGUUGGGAACUUUUAAAGAUUGAGUGCCUAAUGUUCACGGUUGCUUGUAUACACAUUAAAUUACUACUAGUCCAGUUUAAAUGCAGGAUCUUAUUGGAGUUUUGGAGGUUUAAAACUUGGAAAAUUGCAACUACACUCAUAAACUUGACCUUUAGUCGUGUUUCCACCGUAAAUUCCCAGGAAAUUCUAACCAUCUAAGAUACAAACCUUGUUUGUGUUUUUAUCUGUUCAUUCGUCCCUUUGAUUUAAUAUUAAUACAAGUAUUUGUGCAGAUUUAAGACUUGUACUUAAGUCUACACAAAUAUUCUUAUCAAGUCAACCCCUUCUCUUAUCUAUUAGCUUAGCAGUUCUACUUAUUGGCAUGGAUGGAGUUUUCCCAAUGUUUGUGGAAAAAAACCUGAAGGAUACAUGUAUAUAAAAAGCAUGAUGAAAGAAGCAGACUGAUUCACAUAGAUAACAUGGGCCCGCCACUUGGAUAUGCUGCAUAAUAAGAUGACUUGUUUUCCAUGAAAAGUAUCCUGGGAAUAAAACGUGAUCCAGCCGUUAAUGCUUACACUGAACCGCAAUAACAUCAGUGUGGCUAACAGAAGCCACCUUUAGCUACUGAGCAAAACUGAUACACAAAGACUUCAAAACUGAACGUAUUCUAAGACAAAGAAUGUUUGUAGUUUAAAAACAGUAGUUUAGUGUGUUUUCUGUGUAAUGGCUAGUUUAAACUCGGUCUGGUUUUGCUGAGAAGCUUGAUGCUUCACACUGUGAGGCUAAAGCUAGCAGUUUGUCAGUGAGGAACAGCUAGCUUAGCGUAGCCUAGCUUAACUAGUUGCAUCUGUUAAACUGACUGUUGGCAGGUUGAAAUCUCAGCUGCUUGCCUGGUGAAGUUAUUGGCCCUUAUUUUUCAUUUUAAGACUUUGGCAUUUGCACACGAGCCUUGAGAAGAGACUGUUGCCGCUAUCCCCCACGAUGCAAUGCUUCAUAUGUAGCAGACGGAGAUAAAAGAAAUCUGAUCUGAACAUUUUUACUUCUGUCUUAAAGGACAUCACAUGGGUUGUAGCAAAUAGGCUGAAACAAGAAAGACUAAACUCGUAGAAUCUGUCUCCAGUAAACUCAGCCUCCUCUUCCACUUCUUCUUUUGGUCUUAAUUAUUAGAUUUAUUUUACAUUAAGUGAACUAGUGUGUGGAAGGUCUCAUUCAGACUGUUUACUGUGAUAACUUUAAAGAGUAGAAUCCAUUAAUAUUUUCAUUAAUAUUUCAGAAAGAUUAAGCAUGAGCACAGCUGCUUCCAGACAUUUAAUUCCCUGAAGUUGCUAAUUGAGGAAAGUUAGUUUAUUUCUGAUCUUUGGUGGUUUUGUUGAAAGGCAGCAUGCAUCUGUUUAUACUUACACCCCCCAUAUUUUUCUUAUAUUGAUUAAAUAGAAAUGAAUUAUUAAAAGGAGCUCACUUUAGCAAAAUAUAUAUAAUAAAAAAAACAUUUUAAGAAAAAAAACUUAAAUGUUUAAGACUCAAACACCACAUUUGCUGAAGAAGAAAGCUGUUAUAGAGGAUAUAUUUCCAAGCACCUUUUGUAAAAAAAUAUAAAAACAAAUGGGGAAAAAAGACACACAAUGCCAAAUACUACUUUUCUUUUCAAUAUUUUAGAGUAAAUAUUCUCCACAUGACAUUUGAUGUGUGAUAAGUUAUUCCUCUGUCUCUUUAUUUUCAUCCUGACCUUCUCUCAAGUUCCUGGGUGGGUCUCAGGAGUUUUAAAGGCUGGUACUCUCAGAUCAAUGAGCACUACUCUGUGGAUACAGUGAAUGUGUAGAAAACCUUGUAGUAUUGCAUUGUAUGUAAUGUAUAUAAUGAAUAAAGAUUGUAUUUUGUU